AAUCCAGAUCAAAUAUGCCCGAACUGACAGGGUUGGCUAUUUAACAGCCCGAUUCUGAUUCAUUUCGAAGAUAUAUUGCUGUUUGGUUUUGUCGGUAAUAUCGAGUAUAACGCCCUCAUGUGCAGCAGUGACAUUUUGAUAAAGAUCCCCCUACAAUUGUACGUGUUUAUGUUCUACAGAUGCUGAUGAACAUUGAUUAGAAACAUCGCCACGCUUUAUUUGAUACAUUUCACAAUUUCGAGAAUUCUUUCCACAAGGGACUUGGGAAGCUGUAUUAUUCAAUCGAAUUGUUUAGCAUCGUUGUUUGUGUAUUAAAUAAUGGCUACGACAAGCGUUGAAGGCAGUACACCGAGUACAAAUGAACAAACUAGUAAAUCUAGAAGCGGUGGUACAAGGGUGUUCAAGAAAGCAUCGCCAAAUAGCAAGGUCACGUGCUAUAUUGGAAAGCGAGAUUUUGUUGACCAUGUGGAUCAUAUCGAUCCAGUUGAUGGUGUUGUGCUUGUCGACCCUGAAUAUGUUGGUCCAAAUAAUAAAGUUUUUGUUCAUAUUUUGGCUGCGUUUAGAUAUGGACGAGAGGAUUUAGACGUGUUAGGAUUGACAUUUCGCAAAGAUUUGUUUCUGGCAAGUAAGCAAGUUUACCCCCCUCCUAGUGAAGAACCAGUUGCUUUAACAAGACUUCAAGAACGACUUUUGAAGAAACUCGGCAAGAAUGCUUAUGCCUUUAAAUUCGAGCUCCCGCCUGGUUCUCCAUCAUCUGUCACGUUACAACCCGCUCCUGGUGACACUGGAAAGCCCUGUGGCGUUGACUACGAACUGAAAACAUUCGUUUCGCCAUCAUUGGAAGAAAAACCGCACAAAAGAGACUGCGUACGUUUGGCGAUCAGAAAGAUAACUUAUGCUCCUGAACGCCCUCAACCUCAACCGUUUGUUGAGGCUGAAAAAGAGUUCAUGAUGAGCCAAUAUCCACUUCACGUUGAGGCAAGCCUGGAUAAAGGGUUGUACUACCACGGGGAGUCCAUUGCAGUCAACGUUCACUUGACCAACAGAUCUUCAAAAACCGUGAAGAAAAUAAGGAUAACAGUUCGUCAACAUGCCGAUAUAUGUCUUUUCUCCACUGCACAAUAUAAAUGCCCGGUAGCUACCUUGGAUUGUGAAGACGGUUUUCCCGUUGGGCCCAGUUGCAAUUUAUCGAAAGUUUAUUCAUUAACACCUUUGCUGUCUAACAACAAGGACAAACGAGGUCUAGCAUUGGAUGGCAAGCUUAAACAUGAAGACACAAAUCUGGCAUCUUCAACAAUUUUGGAAUCUAAUGUGCCUAAAGAAAAUCUAGGAAUAAUAGUACAAUACAGAGUUAAGAUACGACUCAUAGUUGCCUAUGGAGGAGAUCUUGCUGUAGAAUUACCGUUUAUGUUGACCCAUCCCAAACCUGAAGAGCCAGAGGCCGCACCAACACCCACACAAAAAGAUGGUGUCCAGGAUGGAACAGCGAAUGAGACGGACAUGGGAGUUGAUCAUAAUCUUAUCGAUUUUGAUACAAGUGGCACGGAGAAGCAUGACGACGAUGACGAUCUAAUUUUUGAAGAUUUUGCGAGGAUGAGAUUGAAGGGCGAACACACGGACGCAACAGAAGCCUGAUAACUGGACUAUGAUCCACGCAAGGAUUCACAAAAUGUGUUGGCAGCCCCGUAUGAAUAUUAUAUUAAUCUUAUACACACAGCAAGUAGCAAGGCAAAGAAAUAUCUUAUACAGUAACCAUUGGCGGUGAUGCCCCGUGUGGGUAUGAAUAUAGGGCUGAUUUACAGUUAAAAGUGAAGAAAUCAUCCUUCGACUCACGCCAGAAUGACGCUCUUUAAUGUUUAUUUAUAUCGUAGCAGUAUUAGGCGAUUAAAGCGUCAAAACGAGUCGUGUGUGACCAAUAUAAUUUUUACCAGACCCAGUCAGAUAUCCGCGCAAAUUCAUUCCCAUCCGAUUUUAAUCGAUAAUUUGAGCAGCUAUGGUUAAAGAAUUUGCAUAUAUGCAUGGUCACAAUAUUCAUAUUCGGUUUUAGGCCAUGCACGAACUCCCAAAAAUGUUAUUCUAUACAACUGCAUGUGGGUUAUCGAUUCAUUGCGUGAUUUUAUGAAGCUUAAGCUUUACUGUGUUUUUACUCUAGUUUAAUUAUAUAGUUAUUAGGAUGAUAUUAUGCCUUCCGACCAAAUGUUAUACCGGGUGGCGCAAAAAAGUUCAGCCCUUCGCUCUAUGUAGGGAAAAAACUAUAAAGCACGCAUCUGAUUCAUGAAAGGCGAACUUAAAUUAUAUAGAUAGAGAUAUACCACGUUUACUUAGGUUCAAUAUUGACUGCAUGAGAUAUCGCCAAACAUGAAUUUUAACAUUUUGUCACCCAAUUUUAGAACGGUUGAAAAAAUCACUAUCUGAUGGCCGAUAGCGCUAUUCGGCUUUCUUUCAUACAACCGACCCCUGAACUCUUUUGUGCUACCCGGUGUAUUCGAGCAUAUUAGCACGUCUCCAUUGGCACUGUUUUAGUGCUAUAUCUUAUUGCCGAAUUUAAAUUUCUUAUCGUGUCAAUUAAUUAAAGAGCUAUAGCGCGAAAUGUAGAUGCGCGAUUGUAAUUAUUAUCUGGCUCUAAAUUAAU